GUUGUCUGCUGUCUAGUAUAGUGCCAUCUUGAGCUCGGACGUCCGUGUCUCCGUGAGCCGCACAGAGCCGCGCCAAGAAUUCGCGGACGUCGGAGAAACUCACUGCCGUAGCGGGUGUGCACACGUUUUUAUUUCUUCCCACUUUCACGUCGCUCUUCCUUUCCUUCUUCUUACACCUCUCAAUUCCCGUCCUCAAAGCUUAUAGCCUUCGGGUUUAAUGACAUGAGCUCUUGACCGGUCUCCUAACCCAUCAUCUAGCAUUUUCCUAUUCAUCUCUCUGAUUUAAUCGGCAGAAAUGGAUGUCUUCUGGCGGGCACCUCCCGUGGCCAGGACACUCACUGCAUUGACCCUCAUUGAGUCACUCCUGUUUUGGGGCAGGCUUAUCACUGGCAAAUACAUUUUCUUCGUCCCGACGAAAAUCUUCUUCCACUUGCCUCCACAGGUCUGGCGAUUGGCAACCUGCUUCUUCCUGACUGGCCCAGAUUUGGAGUUCGUCUUUGAUCUGUACAAUCUAUGGCGCUACAGCAGUGCCCUGGAGAGUCAGUCGGGUCGCUUCUCCAAGCCUGGUGACUUUUUCAUCUACAUCCUGUUCGUAAGCACCGUCAUUCUGCUUACCGCAGGCUUCUAUCUGGGCUAUGGCUCCUUCCUCCAUGCCCUGAUCAUGGCCCUGGUCUGGACCUUUGCCCAGGACAAACGUGGCACCCGUGUGAGAUUCUUCGUCAUUGACAUCCCGGUGAUUUACUUGCCCGCCGCCAUGUUAUGUAUCACCAUGGUUCGUGGCGGGUGGCCUGCAAUGCUGUUGGAAUGUACCGGUAUCCUGGGUGCCCAUCUCUACGACUUCAUCACCCGCCUCUACCCGACCUUCGGCGGCGGCCGAAACUUCAUCUUCACCCCUCUCUUCGUGCAGAAAUUCUUCUACAAGCACACCCCGAAUUCUGGAUACCGUGGGUACGGCACGGCUUACCAUGCACCCCAACCAUCCGAGUCUGCCCCCCAGAGUCGAGCCUCUGGUGCUGACACCGGGAGCAGUUGGGGUAGCUGGGGAUCUGGACGCAGACUGGGCUAAGUUCAAUGGCUCCAUGCAAUCUAGAAGGGCUUGAGCAGGCAUAGAAAGUGUAGUCUUCUAUUUCUCUCGUUAUGCCCUCUCCAGGGUCUUCUUACCUUGGGGAGUAUCAUCGUUAAGGAUGGGCUCUCUCCAUGAUCCCACCAAAUUUUGUAUAAAUUAGCAUUACAUCGUACCGACUCUUCCUUAAUCCAUAGCGGUAUCAAAUUUCAUUACCAUGCAAGUCCAUC